UAGCUCGUAAAAUAUUCCAAUUUUAAAAUGACUGACAAAAACAGGACAGCUUUGCAAAUCUUUCGAGGUUUUCCCCCGCAUUUAGCGAGACAUGAUAUAAUGCAAUUACUAAAUAAUAUAAAUUUUCUGGAAAGCACUGAGAAAGAAUUGAAGGAAUGCAUGAAUACACUUUCUGAAAGUGAUUGGGAUGCGAAAUUAAGAGAAAUAAAUUCAGUUAAAGACGAAGUUUCUAAAAUCUUACAGUCAUAUGAUGACAAACUCGGUGUAGCUACUUUGCAGAAAAUUCUGUGUAAAAGAAGAAAAAAGCGGUUAAGAAUUCGUAAACGCAAAUUACAAUUGCAAUCCAAACGAAAAGAAAUGACAAAAAGGCGUAGAGAGCUGCACAUUGCUAUAGACAAACGCCUUGAAAGUAAGCGCCAAGAAGACAUGAAAAUCAAACAAAUCAAAGAAGCAUCCGACUAUGCAAAAAUGGUCUUAUCGAGCGUAACGAAAAAGAAGGAAGAUGCAAAAAAUUACAUUCAACUGUUGAAUUCCUUGAAAGAACUAAGAAGAGCGCGACAAAUCGCUUCACAGAGCAAUACUUCAGAGGGUGGUACUGAAUUCAUUUCAAAAAUAAAUCGUUUAAUAGCUGUUUGGAAUGAUGCUUUUGAAGACUAUGAAAACGAAGAACGCAAACUUAGAUCUAUUUUGAAUGACACCCACAAAUCAGUUGAAGAUCAAUGGAAAGAAGUAUUAUUUGGGCAAGCUGAAGAGGAUUUGGCGUCAGCAGAUUCUGUUGAAAAGGAUGACAUGGGGAGACUUAUAGAAAUCAGAAGCGGGUGGGAUUCAUGCAUUGUUCCGGAGGAUUACAAAUAUGGUUCUUAUAUUCCUACUGGAUGGGUUUUGCCACCUGAAAGGCCUUCGAGUGAAUGGAAAAUUUAUUUAAGUUGAAAAUUUCGUAAAUUUAAAUGUUAUUUGAUCUUUUUGUAAUAAUUCUUUUUACGCGAAAUUCAUACAGCAUAAGUUUUUGUUCAUAAUCUGUAGAAAUUUAAAAUACCGUUGAUCGUAAAUAUAUGUAAGCGUGUACUCAGAAUAUAGUUUUUACAUAAUAAAAUAUAAUUUGAGAUA